CGGUUAUAUAUAUAUAUGUUCUACAUAUGCACAUGCAGGACACAGAUCAUUGACAUGAUUCUUCUAUAGGAACUUAGCAUACUACCAUCACUACUUAUAAACUCUGUUCCUGAUCACCAUAUACUACCACCUUCAUUCUAUACAACCAACAACUACACAACUCUUCAUCUCUCUACAUCAAACUAAGAAAGUGGAAACAACCAAAAUGUCUCCCUCCCGCUGUCCAACACCACCUUCCACAUCCACCUCAACAUCAACAUCAACAACUACUUCUAGGAGACCUCACCUCUCCCUCCCCCUCUCCCAAGAUACCAUCUCCCGCGCCAUCCUCUCCGCCACAACACACAUCCCCAAGGCGAUCUCCAUCGAUACUAGUACCACUCCUACACCUCCCACUUCUCCAUCAUAUCACACAGAAGGGAAACUACCCUUGGAAUGGGAAUUCCCUCUGCCGCCGCCGCCGCCUCCGUCGCCUGUGGAGAUGAGGAGGUUUUGGGCUUGAAGUUUUCUCUUUCCUCUCUAUUCAUCUGAGAUAGGGAUGAAGAUAGGUUAAGGAGCUUCCUGGAUACGUUGGGGUUGGUUUUCUUCUAUUACUUUCAUUGACAUUUGAUUUGAUAUUCAUGGAAUGGGGUUUAGCGUUGGUUGAUUUGUUGGUAUGGGUUUGGAUAAUUGCAUCGUCUCAUGGAUGGAUGGAUGGUCGGUCGGAUGGAUGGGAAUUUGGGGUGUUUGGUGAUAGUGUGAUUGAUUACUUUUUUUUUUGGUUUGUUUUAUUUCAAGUGUUCGGGUUUGAUUUAGCUGUCUGUUUGUUACUAUUUGAAGGUACUGGGAAUAGAUGUGUAUACUAUUAUCAUUACUAUUACUCGUUCUAUUGAGAGAGAGGGAGAGUCUUCACGGUAGUAGUUCGG